AUGAAGCUCUCUUUCUUCACCACUGUCCUUUUGGCUGUCACUGCGGCUAACGCUGCUCUCGACGCCAAAAUUAAGGCCAAGGGCAGGCGCUACUACGGCAACAUCUUGGACCGCAACACUAUUAAUGAUGGUACUGUCACCAACAUCCUCAACACCGAAUUCGGUGCCAUCACCGCCGAGAACUCGAUGAAGUGGGACGCUACCGAGCCCUCUCGCGGAAACUUCCAGUGGGGCGGCGCUGACCAGGUUGCCAACUGGGCCACUCAACGCAACAAACUCAUCCGUGGACACACCCUUGUCUGGCACUCUCAACUUCCAGGCUGGGUGAACGGUAUUGGUGACCGUAACACCCUCACCCAGGUCAUCCAAAACCACAUCAAUCAAGUCGCUGGUCGCUACCGUGGUCGAAUUUAUGCCUGGGACGUCGUCAACGAGGUCUUUGAAGACAAUGGGCAAUGGCGUAACAGCGUUUUCUACCGUGUUCUCGGCGAGGAGUUCGUCGACAUUGCUUUCCGAGCUGCCCGUGCUGCCGACCCCAACGCCAAGCUCUACAUCAACGACUACAACUUGGACUAUGCUGGUCCCAAGAUUGACGCCACUCUCGCCCUUGUAGGCCGUCUCCGCCAACGGGGUGUUCCCAUCGACGGUAUUGGUACUCAAGCCCAUUUGAUCGUCGGUCGCAUUGGCAAUUUUGAAGCUCAACUCAAGCGCUUGGGUGACACCGGUCUCGACGUUGCCAUCACCGAGCUCGACAUCCGUAUCCCAAGGCCCGUCGACCAGGGUAAGCUCCAGCAGCAACAAAGGGACUAUGAGGCUGUCACUCGCGCUUGCUUGAACGUUCCCCAGUGUGUUGGUAUCACCAUCUGGGGUGUUUCCGACAGGCACACCUGGGUCGACGGCACGUUCCCAGAGAACUCAAUGAUUACUCGCUUGUAUAUUGACAAUGGGAGCCUGCGGAAGACCUCUGGACGUGUCCCUUUUAAGGACACAGCAUUGCUAAAUAUGGUGCUGGACUAUGAGGCUUAG